AUGAGGAGUCCAACUCAGAAACCCCAACAAAAUCCUCAACAAGAUGAUCAAGAAGAAGUUAAACAAGAAGAAGAAGAAGAAACGUUUACAUGUGAAAUUUGUAUUGAACCAGUUACCCUCCGUGACAAGUUCAAGAUCAACAACAAAUGCCCUGAUCACCCCUUCUGUACCGAUUGUAUGAUCAAGUACAUCCAGGUGAAGCUAGAAGACAACAAAUCAGACAUAAGAUGCCCUGCUACUUCCUGCAACCAUUCACUCGACCCCUUCUCAUGCCGCUCCACAAUCACACACCAACUGUUUGACAAAUGGGGUGAUGUGUUAUGUGAAUCCGCCGUGUUAGGCGUUGAGAGGGUUUACUGCCCUAACAAAGAGUGUUCGGAGUUGAUUCUAAACGAGUGUGGUGCUCGUAAGCUCAAGAGAUGCGUGUGCCCUGAUUGCAAGAAGCCUUUUUGUUUCAGGUGUAGGGUUCCAUGGCAUGCUGGUUCUACUUGUAGAGAGACGAGGGAUGAAAACGACGUCGCGUUUGAUGUUAUUUGCGAGAAGAAUAAGUGGCAGAGGUGUCCCACCAAACCCUAG